UCAAGAAGAAAUCCAAGAUGAAGUACUGGCUCCAUACAAGUCAGAGAUUACAUCGUGCUCUGAACAGUUCGUUUAUUGAGGAAAAACGUCAGGCUAACAAAAAACGAGCAGAAAAGAGGUGCCAUGUAGGGAACAGUCAACAUGCAGUGUGGAAUACAGCCAGCCUGGGCAACUGUCACAGGAAAAAGUACAUCUGCACCGAUGAAGGGCAGAAUGAGGUGACAAUUCGUCAGCAUCAAGACAUCCCUCUACCACAGGUGAGGAGGGAGACACCAGCUUCCCUAACCACCAAUGGGAAAGCAGAGUCCCUCAAUACUGCAAGAACCUCAGUGAUGCAGGAGCUUACAGAGCUGGAGAAGCAGAUCGAAAUCAUCAAGCAGGAGCUGCAACUUGCCAUGGACAGGAAAUCAGAACUAGAAGAGUAUCAGAGGACAAACAGGACUGCAGAGCCCUAGGCCAAGACACCUGAGCCCUUCCCCCUUUCUUUCCUUUCUCCCCUUCCUCUGUAAAAUUUGUAACACACUUUUGUAACGUCAGAAAGAGGUGAGAAAAUAAAGCAGGCAAUACACUUUUCAUGAGAGCAGAACUGCAGCAGCCCACAGCCACUGCCACCCUCCUGAGUCCUUCUCCUUUCAUAACAAGUUCCUCAUUCUCCUGGCAAGCACCAGCUAUUCCCAAGGACCAGAGAGACAAGGAACAUCCAAACAGCAGGAGUUCCUCAUGCCUCUGUUGGACAGUACUGUGAGGUUCCCACUUAUUUAGCCCUUUCUGUGCAUUAAUU